CCAGCUGCUGCAGAGCGCGCAGCGACAAUAUAAAUUAACAAAAAUUGAGUCUAAAUUCUGAAAAAGUGCACAAAUUUGCUGUUAAAGUGUAGUGUGAUUGUAUAGAAAGUGUUUGCAAAAAUAUCCUACAAUUUCAGAUGAAAACGGCACCAAAAAGCCAACAACACGAAGCAAUAGAAUAAGAACAGCCACCGCAUCAACAACAACAAGUAGAAAAGCAAGGCGCAAGUGGAUAUCUCUCAAUGGCCGCCACUACAACAACAACUACGACAUUAGCAACAACCACCGGCAAUAGUGCAAACAGCGGCGACCACAUAAUUACCAACAACAAUAGUAAUAACAACCAUCAUAGCUUAACGGUGCACACCGUUUUAAACACACCCACCAGCGUCGCCACAGCCGUUGCAGACGCCGCAACUGUUGCCAUAGCCAAGGACAUGCUUCAGCUGCAUCAUGGCGCCGCCGCAGCGUUGAAUAACAACAACAAUAGCAGCAACAAUAGUAUCGGUGUCGAAUUGCCGGCCAAUCAAAACAGCAGCAGCAACAACAACUCAGCAAACCACCCACCUGCCCAAGUAGUAACCGCAACUGGUUCCACCGGCACACCGCCGGACAAUGCCUACGGCGAGUUACGUUUCAAUCAGGAUGUCCUUUACAUUACUGAUGCUGUGACCGUCAUCGGACGCAACUCGUCCACCUCGCUGGUGCACUUUCACGUGGCCGAGAAUAAUUUGGUCUCGCGGAAACAUUUCCAGGUUCUGUACGACGUUGAGCAGCGUGCCUUCUUCGUGCAGUGUUUGAGUAAAAAUGGCAUUUUCGUUGAUGAUUUCCUGCAGCGGCGCAAUGCGGAUCCACUCCGAUUGCCUCAGCGGUGCUACUUUCGCUUUCCAAGCACCGAGAUACGCAUCGAGUUUGAGAGCUAUAUGUCAACGCCUGUGGCCGCGCAGGAUGCAUCACAUGUUGUUGCGCCUGCUCAUGGUCUAGGCACUCCUGCCGUUGCCUCUGCCACAGGCGUAAAUAACAACCACAAUGCAGGAACAGGCGCAGCUGGCGCACAUGUCAUCAUUACGCCGCCAGUACGAGAAGAGCUGCUGCCACAUCAGCAGAAUGCGCAUCAUCUCGGCCAGCAACAUCAGCAAGCAUCGCUCCACUUGCAGCAGCAACAGCAGCAGCAUCACCCACACUCCGCCACUCAUUCUCCACACCCGCUUCAUCAAACAGCCCUACAGCAGCAGCAGCGCGGCGGUGCCGCUACUGGGGGUGUGCCACCCACUGCUACUCAUUUACUGCCCGGCAAUGAUAGUGCUGGUGGUGGCGGCAUCUACUCUCCUCUAAAGAUAUCCAUACCGAAGAAGGAACAGAAGAGCCCCUAUCUAUCACCAACUGGUACAAUAAGCGCUGCCAACAGUUGUCCGGCUAGUCCACGUCAGGGUUUCCAUCAAAGCCAGCCAAACAAUUACAACAACUAUACCAAUAAUAAUACGCCGGAUCUGUUCCAGACCCCAUCCACAGCCAGUUACAAUCACAAUGAGAAGCCGCCGUACAGCUAUGCCCAAUUGAUUGUACAAGCCAUCUCCGCCGCACCAGACAAGCAAUUGACACUCUCCGGCAUUUAUUCAUUCAUUGUCAAGCACUAUCCGUAUUACCGCAAGGAAACCAAUAAGGGCUGGCAAAAUUCCAUACGUCAUAAUCUCAGUUUGAAUAGGUAUUUCAUAAAAGUUGCACGCUCUCAGGAUGAGCCUGGCAAAGGAUCAUUUUGGCGCAUUGACCCGGACAGUGGGGCCAAGCUAAUUGACCACAGCUACAAGAAGAGACGCCAGCGAAGCAGCCAGGGCUUUAGACCACCGUAUGGUAUGCCACGUUCGGCGCCUGUCUCUCCCAGUCAUAUGGAUAAUUCACGCGAGAGUUCCCCACUGCAGGACAUUGUAUUACAAUCAGCGCCUGGCUCACCGGGCCUAUCAUUGGAGCAGCGUACAGCUGAUACAGAAAUCAUUUACAACUCACAGAACGCACACCAGCAGCAACAACAACAACAGCAGCAGCAACAGCCACAGGCACUGCAAAACAAUUCCAAUCAAUACAACAGCGGCAGUCCGUACUAUGUAACCAAUCAAAAUUCCGCAGUUAGUGUGCAGCAAGCGCACGUGGAGAGCAAUGCAGGCAGCGGCGGUGGUGGUGUUGGUGCUCUGAUUGCACUCAAACGGAACCACGUGAUGGCCGUAGCACAUCCGGCCUCAGCAUCGCUACACCAACAGCAGACGGCGGCACAACAACAGCAGCAAUCUGAGAUUAUCUACGAGGAGCUGCCAACCGAUUACAGUGGUCAUAUUGAAGGGGCUGAUGAUGAAUGCGCCAAUGCUGGUGCUGAAGCGGCCAAAAGACCUAAAUAUGUAUCCGAAGUGCUCUGAUGCGUACGCAUACAGAAGAAACACAAGAGCAAAUGAAAGGAGGAUAAGGAAGAAACUUAAGCUAAAUUCGAUAUGUGGGGAUGUCUUCAGGCCCACAAACUCAAACCCAUAACAAACAAACAGAGAGAAAAUAAAACAAAAGAAACAACCAAGCCCACUUGAAAGAAAGAAUAGAAAGCAAAGCAAAAUAGUAUCUCCAUCUUGUAUAUUGAAUUUGCCAAAAAAAAAAGAAGAAAAACCCCGAUCCUACUGGAAAAAAAGAGACAAUUUAUAAGGAAAUGUUUACAAAUAGAACUGUGAGAUUGUGUUUUAAAGGUGGCCGUACAACGGCUAAACUGCAUGCACACUUUUCAAAACGAAAAACAAAAACAUAAAUUACGAUUUAACCCUUAGCUCUGACGAAUUCAAUAUGCUCGAUGACGCUACUCUCUAAGUACAUAAAAUAAAAAUAAGUUAAAAGCGAAUUAAAACAAAAAUUAUAUAUGUAUGUAUAAAAAUAUAUACGAUUGAUUGUAAUAA